UCAACUCUUUUCAUGCGUUCGUUAAGCAUUUUCAGUGUCCUUUUCUUCUCUGUUACUCAGGAACAACGGUCAUACAAGUCUAGUAUCUAGAAUUCCCUCGUUGUAGCCAUCAAUAGUACUUUAGCCAUGUCAAGUCCUCAGUGUUUUGAGAACCCACCUAACCUGAACUCGGGCAUCCAUGGUGAAGGAACUGUCCAAGAACUUGGAGGACUUAAUUCCUAUGUCACUGGAUCUCCUGAUUCCAAAUUGGCACUCAUCCUAGUCUCUGAUGUAUUUGGGUAUGAAGCACCAAAUCUGAGGAAACUUGCGGACAAAGUAGCAGCAGCUGGAUUCUUGGUUGUUGUUCCUGAUCUUCUAUUUGGUGAUUAUGUUGACCUUGAUAAUCCUCAAUUUGAUCGAGAUUCGUGGCGAAAGGUUCAUGGAACGGAUAAGGGGUGUGAAGACACCAAACCUCUAGUUGCUGCUUUAAAGAGUAAAGGUGUUAAGUCCAUAGGGGCUGCUGGUUUUUGCUGGGGAGGGGUUGUGGUUGUGAAGUUGGCAAUUUCCAGUGACAUUCAGGCUGCAGUUAUUCUGCAUCCUGGUCCAAUCUCAGAUAAUGAAAUUAAUGAGGUCAGGAUUCCUAUUGCUAUUCUGGGAGCUGAAAUUGACAAUAUUUUCCCACCAGAAAAGUUGAAGCAAGUUGAGGAAAUGUUAUCUGCAAAGGCUGAGCUUGAGAGCUUUGUGAAAGUAUACCCUGGUGUUUCUCAUGGAUGGACAACGCGGUACAAUGUUGAUGAUGAAGCAGCUGUUAAGAGUGCAAAUGAGGCGCAUCAAGACAUGUUGAAUUGGUUUAUCAAGCAUGUCAAGUGAAGGUUGUUUUCACCACCAGAAGAUGCCUGUGAUUGAAAUUGUGAAAGAGUAUUUGAUUGUUAUUGUCUUUGAUUAAUGAAAGAAUACAAUGUGAAAGAGUAGUGGAUUGAAUGGCAUUUGUAUUGUCCGUGACUUUUCUAAAGAUUGGUGGAUCUAUGAUAGGUUAAAGAAUAAUAAGUGGGAUUAGCUUUUCAACUCUACAUCCCAAGAAUAUUCAGUACCCAUGUCCUGUUUUUCAGCAUUGUCUGCAUCGAUACAUGAAAAGGUUAAACUUUU